UUGUCAGUUAUCAGCAGGUUCCGUGCCACCCAGAGUUAGUCUUUUUCACCUCCAGCUCACUGCAAAGGAACAAGAGUGCUAAUCCCAGCAAGGCUUCAGGACUUAUUACAGCAGGAGCAAUGGAGAUUUCCCUUGAGUCUGACUAAAGUACAAAGUAUCAUACCUUGAUGAAUAUACUGAAAUAUUCAAGAUGGAUAGCAACAGUACCAGCAAUGCUGAGACUCACUGCAAUGUUAAUAAUUUGACAUUUCAUUACCCCCUCUAUGCAACCACCUACAUCCUCAUAUUCAUCCCUGGUCUAUUGGCCAACAGUGCAGCCUUGUGGGUUUUGUGCCGUUUCAUCAGCAGGAAAAAUAAAGCCAUCAUUUUCAUGAUCAACCUCUCUGUGGCUGACCUUGCUCACGUGCUCUCCUUACCCCUCCGGAUUUACUAUUACAUCAGCCAACACUGGCCUUUUCAGAGGGCUCUUUGCCUGCUGUGCUUCUACCUGAAGUAUCUCAACAUGUAUGCCAGCAUUUGUUUCCUGACAUGCAUCAGCCUUCAAAGGUGUUUCUUUCUCCUCAAGCCCUUCAGGGCCAGAGACUGGAAACGUAGGUACGACGUGUGGAUUAGUGCUGCCAUCUGGGUCAUUGUGGGGACUGCCUGUUUGCCAUUUCCCAUCCUGAGAAGUACAGACUUAGCCAACAAAACUGAGUCCUGUUUUGCUGAUCUUGGUUACAGGAAAAUGAAUGCAGUGGCUUUGGUUGGGAUGAUUACAGCUGCUGAGCUGGCAGGAUUUGUGAUCCCAGUAGUCAUCAUCGCAUGGUGUACCUGGAAAACUACUACAUCCUUGAGACAGCCACCAGUGGCUUUCCAAAGAAUCAGUGAAAGGCAGAAAGCACUGCGGAUGGUUUUCAUGUGUGCUGCAGUCUUCUUCAUCUGCUUCACUCCCUAUCAUAUUAACUUUAUUUUUUAUACCAUGGUGAAGGAAACCAUCAUUAGCAGUUGUCCCAUUGUCCAAAGCACGCUGUAUUUCCACCCCUUUUGUCUAUGCCUUGCAAGUCUCUGCUGUCUCUUGGAUCCAAUUCUCUAUUACUUCAUGGCCUCAGAGUUUCGUGAUCAACUGUCCCGCCAUGGCAGCUCUGUGACUCGUUCCCGCCUCAUGAGCAGGGAGAGUGGUUCAUCAAUGAUUGGUUAAGAAUAAAAUAUCUCCUCAAUUAUGGCUUUGUUGAACUAUGUCUCUGGCUUUCUCCGAUGGCCAAAAUGACCAGCCAGACAAUUUCUUUAAUUGAACUCUGGUAACAACAGAAAUAAAUGUCUUUUUAUGUGCUAGCUUUGGUUACAGGUGUGUGAUGGUGGAAGCAGAGUGUGAAAAAUGUGGGAGAGGAAUGGAAAAUGGGAUUUAUCUGUUUCCUCUUUGAAAUCCAAGGCUUUUUUUUAACCUAAGACACUUGGACCUAUAUUUUACAGAUGUUUUUAAACAAAUGGAAAAUGAAUAUUUUAUCAUAAACAUGUCUUUAGUAAAUGCAGUAUUGAAGAUGAUACAAUAAAUACAUGAAUAUUUUCCAGAAUGUAAAAGCAAAGCUCUUUGAUAUGAAGACAAUUACUCGUGAAUAAGAAGAAAAAUCUCCAGUUUUCCUAAGAGAUAAAUGCACAAGCAAGGAGGACUGACUAUUGGAGUAAUGUGUACAUAAAUUGUAUGAGACAAACCUCUUACUGAAUAAAGGAAUGAGAAUUUGUCCCUUCACUGAAAA